GCUCCGCACCCGCCCCUCCCCGCCACAGGUCCCCCCGGCGCCGAAGGGAGCCCGGUCCCCCCGGAGCGGCCCCGGGAGGGAGCACGACAGCGGCACAGGCUCGGUGAUCGGGACGGGCAGGGGGUCGGUCCCCGCGGGGACGGGACGGGUGGUCGGCCCGGGACGGCCAGGCUGGUGUAGGAGGUCGCUCGUUGCCAUCGCUCGGUCCUCACGGAGCGGCGGCCGGGGCGGCGAGGAGAGCGAGGGGGCUCUCUGCCCACAUCCCGCACCCCGCAUCCCGCCGCGGGGCGGCCGCGCACCCCCCGACCCGGAGCCGAGGGGAGAGAGGAGCACCGAGGGCGGCAGCGGCUCCCGGCGUUUGCUGGGGUGGGCAGGGAAGCAGAGAGCGGGAGCCGCGGCAGCGGCUGGGAAGCGGGGAUCCGCUUCUCCGAAACCCUGGGGGCGAAGGUUACCCCGGCUGAAAGGGGUCUUGAGGUGAAGGGGAGAUUGAAUGUAGACGAAUUUUGGCAGUUCUGUUGAAAUAAUCAAGUGCCGAGGGCAAAUUUUAGGCAGAUAAGAUAGAGGGAUGGAUCCCGCUGUUUUGGAUGCCGGCUUGAAUUUUUUAUUUACUUUUCUGUUUUGACCACUGCUAAAUGUGGAUUUUGUAAGAGAACCCGAUGGCGCUUGUUCCAUUAUUCCUUGUUUGAACGUAAAUCUUAGUCCUGCUGCUUGUGGAUUUUUUUUAAUUUAUUUUUUAAAAGGACCUUUCCAAGUAGCUUUCACGUCUGACAAAAUGAAGCCUUUGUAUUUUUCAAUCAAUUAUACCUAAUAUUGACGUCCUGUUUGGUACAAGAGACUUAAAGUGCUGCCUCACUCAGAGGACCAUUAAAGACUUUCCCGGUCGCUACAUGUAGCUGAAUGUGUUACGACACAUCCUUUCUCCCCCCCAAAAUCUCCCGAAAGAUUUUUCCAAAAUGAAGAAAUUUAAUUUUCGCAAAGUUUUGGAUGGUUUAACUGCCUCAUCCCCCGGUGGAAGCAGUGGUGGUGGCAGUGGCAGUGGAAGUGGGGCUGGUGGUGGCUCCGUGCACCCAGGAGGGACUGCAGGAGCUGCAGGGACACCCAGAGAGGAGAUCCAGGAGACGCUCACUUCAGAUUAUUUUCAAAUUUGUAAGACGGUUCGCCAUGGUUUCCCUUAUCUACCCACUGCCUUAGCUUUUGACCCAGUUCAGAAAAUUCUGGCAAUUGGAACAAGAACAGGAGCCAUACGAAUAUUGGGCAGGCCUGGUGUUGAUUGCUAUUGCCAACAUGAAAGUGGUGCUGCAGUUCUGCAGCUCCAGUUCUUAAUCAAUGAGGGUGCUUUGGUCAGUGCAUGUGCAGAUGAUGCACUUCAUUUGUGGAAUCUCCGACAGAAACGACCAGCUAUCCUACAUUCUCUGAAAUUUAACAGAGAAAGGAUUACUUACUGCCAUCUACCUUUCCAAAGUAAAUGGCUGUAUGUUGGAACAGAGAGGGGAAAUACACACAUUGUAAAUAUUGAGUCCUUCAUUCUUUCGGGAUAUGUUAUCAUGUGGAACAAGGCAAUAGAACUAUCCACAAAGACUCACCCUGGUCCAGUUGUACAUUUAAGUGACAGCCCAAGAGAUGAGGGAAAACUGUUGAUAGGCUAUGAAAAUGGGACUGUCGUGUUCUGGGACUUACGAUCUAAAAGAGCUGAUCUGAGAGCUUAUUAUGAUGAGGCUAUUCAUUCUGUUGCUUGGCAUCAUGAAGGGAAACAGUUCAUGUGCAGUCAUUCUGAUGGCAGCUUGACCCUAUGGAAUCUGAAAAGUCCUAACAGACCAUUCCAGACCACAAUUCCACAUGGAAAAGUUCAAAGAGAUGGGAAAAAACCUGAAUCUUGUAAACCAAUUCUGAAAGUAGAGUACAAGACCUGUAAAAACAGUGAACCAUUUGUGAUAUUUUCUGGUGGAUUGUCAUAUGAUAAGCCUUGUCGAAGACCCAGUUUAACAAUCAUGCAUGGGAAAGCAAUUACAGUUCUUGAAAUGGAUCACCCUAUAGUUGAUUUUUUAACUCUUUGUGAAACCCCAUAUCCAAACGAAUUUCAAGAACCCUAUGCUGUAGUUGUGCUUUUGGAAAAAGAUCUCAUUGUUGUUGACCUGACACAAAGCAAUUUUCCAAUCUUUGAAAAUCCAUAUCCUAUUGACAUUCAUGAGUCACCUGUUACCUGCACUGAAUAUUUUGCGGACUGUCCUCCAGAUUUGAUUCCUGUACUCUAUUCUGUAGGAGCAAAACAUAAAAAGCAAGGAUACAGCAAUAAGGAAUGGCCUAUCAGUGGUGGAGCAUGGAAUCUUGGAGCUCAAACAUAUCCCGAAAUCAUUAUUACAGGCCAUGCAGAUGGAUCAGUAAAAUUUUGGGAUGCUUCUGCCAUUACUCUACAGAUGUUGUACAAAUUAAAAACAUCAAAGGUCUUUGAAAAACAGAAAGUGGGAGAAGGAAAAGCAACAGCUGAGAUUGUGGAAGAAGAUCCUUUUGCUGUUCAGAUGAUGUACUGGUGUCCUGAAAGCCGAAUUUUCUGUGUGGCAGGAGUUUCUGCAUAUGUGAUUGUUUACAGGUUCAGCAAACAUGAAGUAAAUACUGAAAUUGCAUCAUUAGAGGUACGACUUCAGUACGAAGUAGAAGAUAUCAUUACUCCUGAACCAGAGAUAAAUCCUCCAUUUCCAGAUGCCUCCUCCCAGCUUUCUUCUUUAAAGAGCCUUUCGGGCAGUACCAACACUGUAGGAUGUGAAGGAACAAUGAAGGAUAGUAUCCCAUGUCUUAGUGUUAAGACUCGACCUGUGCGAAUGCCUCCUGGAUACCAAGCAGAUCUUGUUAUUCAGUUGGUGUGGGUGGAUGGUGAGCCUCCACAGCAGAUUACCAGUCUUGCUGUAAACUCUGCAUAUGGACUAGUGGCAUUUGGGAACUGCAAUGGUUUGGCUGUCGUGGACUUUAUGCAGAAGACAGUACUGCUGAGCAUGGGAACCCUUGACCUGUACGGAUCGAGUGAUCCAUACCAGCGGCAACCCCGCUCACCUCGCAAAAGCAGGCAGUUUGCUGCAGACAACUUUUGCAUGCGUGGCCUGUCUAACUUUUAUCCAGAUUUAACGAAACGGAUCCGUACUUCCUAUCAGAGCCUGACUGAACUCAGUGACAGUCCAGUUUCCCUGGAGCUAGAGCGUUGCAAGUCUCCCACUUCAGUUAAAGGAUCAAGAAAGUUAAGUCUGCCAACAGAUCUUAAGACUGAUCUUGAUCACGUGAAUGGUCACUGUACAAGUCCAACAUCCCAGAGCUGCAGCUCAGGAAAGCGACUUUCCAGUGCAGAUGUUUCAAGAGCAAACCGCCGAGGGCCUGGGAGGCCCCCCUUCAGAAAAGCCCAGUCUGCAGCCUGCAUGGAGAUUUCUCUCCCAGUCACCACAGAAGUAGGUUACAUUUCCAGACGGGCAAUGCUUCAGCAAUUACAUGGAAUCAGUACAUUCUCACACGACGAGCGUCACUAUACUGCUCGCACAUGGAUGAACAAAGAAAAUAGGGAAAACUCCUUCAGCCGUUCCCGAAGCUCCAGCGUGUCCAGUAUCGACAGGGACUCAAAGGAGGCAAUUACAGCUUUGUACUUCAUGGAGUCCUUUGCCCGAAAGAACGACACUGCUGUCUCCCCCUGUCUCUGGGUUGGAACGGGCCUCGGUAUGGUUUUAAUCCUCUCCCUUAAUCUGCCUGCUAGCGACGACUUACGGCAGUCAGAGCCAGUCAUGGUGUCACCAAGUGGCACUGUUCUGACACUGAAAGGAGCCGUGCUGACCUUCGCGUGCUUGGACUGCAUGGGGACAUUGACACAUCCACCGUAUGAAGUAUGGAGGGAUCCACACAGUGCUGAUGACGGUGAAAAAACAAGGAAAAGGAAACUUGUCAUGCAUUCCCCUUCCUCCUCCCAGGAUAUGGGUGAUCAUCAAUUUGCAGUCAUUUGUUCAGAAAAACAAGCCAAAGUCUUCUCAUUGCCUUCCCAAACAUGUCUUUAUGUCCACAACAUCACCGAAACGUCCUUUUUAUUGCGAGCAGAUGUGGUCACCCUCUGUAACAGCGUCUGUCUGGCGUGCUUUUGUGCCAAUGGGCACAUCAUGACACUGAGUUUGCCCAGUUUUCGCCCACUGCUGGACAUGAACUAUUUGCCUGUAACAGACAUGAGGAUAGCACGGACCUUUUGCUUCACUAAUGAAGGGCAGGCUUUGUAUCUCAGCUCUCCCACAGAGAUCCAGCGCCUGACAUACAGCCAGGAGAUGUGUGACAAUCUACAGGACAUGCUUGGGGAUUUGUUUACUCCUGUGGAAACACCAGAAGCCCAAAACAGAGGUUUUCUCAAAGGACUUUUUGGAGGAAGUGGACAAGCUUUUGACAGAGAGGAGCUUUUUGGCGAGGCUACGGCAGGAAAAGCCUCUCGCAGUCUCGCCCAGCACAUCCCUGGAUCAGGUGGGAUUGAAGGCGUGAGAGGAGCUGCGGGAGGAGUCAUUGGGGACUUGACUCGUGCACGCAUUGCCCUUGAUGAGAGAGGACAGAAACUGGGAGAGCUGGAUGAAAGGACUGCAAGCAUGAUGGCCAGCGCAGAGGCGUUUUCCAAACAUGCACACGAGGUGAUGCUGAAAUACAAGGACAAAAAGUGGUACCAGUUUUAGACUUUCAAAGAAGCUGCUUUUGGCUUUAUUAAGAACACUGUUCAGGGAAGCAACAUUAAUUCCCAAAUCUACCAGUCACUGGCCAAAGACAGCUUUUUUCUCCUAGAAGAUGUUUUCCUGUUACUAUUAUUGGAUUCAUCACAGUGGACGUCAAGGAGAAAUUUUACAGACCGUGAGAUGGAAGCUGGAAUCAUGAGAGUCUUAUUCCAACAGCUGGCUCAUGCAGUGGCCCAUUUUUUUCCAAAAGGAACUCAACCAUCACUGUGGCAUGUAGUUUUUCAGAAGCUGUAGGUAUGAACUGUGGGGGGUGUGUCUGGUUAAAAAUAUUCUGUACAAACUCGAAUGUUAAUGCACUUAUAAAACUUUGCAUGACUAAUUGCCAUCUUAAAAAAAAAAAAAAAAAAGAGAAAAAGAAAGCAUGUUGUGACCGAAGAAAAUGGGAUUCAUUUCUAUUCUGAGAAAAAAAAAUUAAAUAGCAAAAAAUCUUUAUUUUUUAAAAGUGACAUUAUUAAAAGCCAGUACAUUUCAAGCAUGUUUGCUACCAUUUUCCACAUAAAAAUGAGUUGAGCUGCAUUUUCUUAUCUGCUAUUUAUUUCCCUUGAAAAACCUUGCUUGAAAUCAGUGCUCUUUAACUCCUAAGAAAAUAGAUUCGAAAUCCUAUGCCCAAAAUUUACAGAUUUUACAGGUAGCUGAACAGGCACUAUCUGAAACAUCAUUAAAACAUGAGCAUAGAUGGUUUAUUUGCAAUUCAGAGCUCAUGACACGUCAUCCUUAUCUGUACUUUUUAAAAUGCGCUCCAGAUUCAUCUCAGUUGUCCUUGAAGGGGGCCACGGCACUUUUCAUCCCCAUGGAGUCUGUAUCACUUGGUUGCCUUAUUUCUCAGUAGCAAGAAUAGAAAACCAGUUUUGGAAACCACUUCUUCAAGUUAAGAAAGGCAAUAUGGGAAACCACAGUCCUGUCAAAUUCUGCUCACGGAGGCUGCUUAGCAGCUUGCAGAGCAGUGAUGCUGCUCAAGUGCUCAGCUGAAAUUAUGUGAAGGGACCUGCACAGUAACCCCCUCAAAACUUGUGAGAGAGAGAGAGAUCAGAGCAGCAAGACUAAAAUAUGGGUCAGAGGAGGAGUGUGGAAAACCAUUGUGAACACACAUAUAUAAAAUGACACCAUAGGUGAGUGGCAAUUGAUUCUCUGCUCACACUGCUAAAAGUAAUUUGCUUCUGCUUCAAAGUGGUUUGCUUGGUUUCUACAGUGAACUCUGCAAAAAACUCUGCAGCCUGCAGCUACAGAAGAUAACAGUAAGUAGAACCUCUUGCCUGUCCAUGCAAAUAGAUUUCUAGUCCAUAAGAAUGCUCCACAUUAGCCUACAAGAGCCUCACUUCCACAGUUCCACAGUGGAACUCUUAAUUUAGAAAUUUUUCCAAGAUUGGCUUGGAAACAAGGCACUAAAGGAUUGUUUUCAUGUGCCUGGACAUAGUUUCAAAAUAGAAAAAGAAAGUGAGGAAGAGCUGGAAAAACAGCAGUUAAAAUUUUCUAUAGAAGAAGAGUGACAUCCUCUGUCCCUUCAAGGAAUCCUGAUGGACACUGAUGCAGACAGGCACCAUCCUCUCCUAACUAGACCUUAACUUCACUGGUGUUUGUGUCAUCAUAGCGUUCAGAUGAUUCCUCUCAAAGACGUCUUUCCCAUAUUCUUCCUUUACCUACAAUAAAAUGCAGCCCAAGAAAUUGUACCAUCCAGAAGUCUGGCCUCACUAUCGGCCCACUGCACAAGUUAAAGGGUUGGAAGAGAUUUGAGGCAUUAAGUUUCACAUUCACAGUGUAGCACAACCAAAUUUCAUGAUUUACAGGACUUUUACAUUUCUCUGUAGGCAAAAUUAAAAUGAUGGCCCUGACAGGUCUAGCUCAACCAGGAAUGAGACUCAACAAGUUCCUCUGGCACAGGAGAAACCACCCUAUGUUGUGAGAACUGCAGAAACUUGUUGAGAAAAAGGUCAAAGCCUCAGCAAUGCCUGGGUUUCUGCUGAGAGCUAAGGAAUUGAAGUUGUCCAUGACUCGAGAGGAUGUGUCUGUGUGUGUGUAUUUAAGUAAAUGCCAAACUCAUUACUCUGAUGCCAAUAGGAACCGGGCUGGGGAAUUCCUUCCAGUGGCUGGGUCACAGAACUGACCACUUGUGUCUGUAAGGACGCACUGCUCUAACCAGGUAUCUAGAAUGAGAAAUAAAUGAGAACAACAUUAUAGCAAUUUGAUCUUCUGUUUAAACAUAUAUGCAAUGGCCUGUGCUCUGGCCUAUAAUCCAAAACCACUAGUCUCUGGACAACAAAAUCAUUUGGGGCAGCAUUCAAACCCUCCAGCAGCCAACUUACUUUCCAUGAUGAACUGGUGUAUCACAGUCAGCAGUGCACCAAGCAGCCCUACAGGUGGUGCUCAGGCAGCCAUCGGCUCACUGCAAUGACAAGGAGGGCACCAGGUCUGCCUAAGAUUUUGGCUGUACCUCACAUAGGAUGCUGAUAUUGCCAAGCCCCCCAUUACCUUGAUUUCAGUGGAAAUGGUGUCAGGCUGGAGCUAGAGCCCUCUUGCUUGUUUGAGAACUGUAUGAAAAUUUAAGAGCAACUUUUAACUGCUAAUCACUGCAGCACAUCCAGAGAGAAAAGUGUCUUCAACAUUUACACAAUGCCUGAUUGACUUUGGCUGCCAACAGUCUCUAGCUUAACACCAGGGUAAAAAAAUCUGCCAGUAAAUUUCCAUUUGCAUUUUUAUGCAACAGAGAAAAGAGAAUUUAGCAGCCCUCAAACUUACAAUUUUUAUUACUAAACUUUUAAGCAACCUUUCUCUAGUACUCCCCAUCAGGUCACAGCUUUCCACUCAUAUAUUUUACAUAUUUCCAGACAGUUAGUUACCAAUUGCUAUUUCUGUUAAGUUCACCACUUGUGACUAUAAUUAUCAAUUUUCUUGUAGUCUGUAGAGAUCUAAAAAGUUGUAUAUGUUUGUAUAUAGAACAUUCUAUAUAUAUAAUAUAUAUAUGUAAUGUAUAUGUUGUAUAAGUUUGUUAGUGCACACUGUUAAAUGCUUUCUAUCAAGAUUUACCAUGUAUGUGGAAAAAAAACUCAUCACUUAAAAAGUUCAAUGAGGGAGGAAAACUUCUUGCCUGGUUGAUUUAUUGUGAAAUGAGGGGGAGUGUGGGAUUUUUGAAAGGCUUGACCUGAACACUACUAAAGUCUGUUAGUGAAAGGCAUAAAGCUGCAGCAUUCCAAGCAACGAGCACAGCAUCUGACUGUAAGAAAGACUGUAAGACUGUGACUGGCUGUAAGAAAAUCGAGGGCACUGGCUGUCACUGGAUGUUGAAAUCUUUCUGUGCUUUCACCUUUCCCACUAAGACAGCACCACCUCAAGCAAAAUCCUAAGCUUAGACGUAUCUCCAACAUCACAAUCCUCAGCUACAACAGGCCAGAUUGGCUGGAAAUAUUUGUCCAAUUUAAAAUGCUGUUUGUUCAUUUGCAUACCUUGUUCCCUCACAUUCUUCUUUCCAGGAGCUCUGUAACGAUCACAUACGAAACCAAAUACACAGACCUUCCAACAGCACUCACACCUUUGGGUUUGACCAGAUGUUUUUAAUCUUAUGUCUAGAGCUGUAGAUAGAUAGAGAAAAUGCUUUAAAUUAGAUUAUUUUGAAGCUUGCAGAGUUGGCAAGUCUUCAGUGAAGUACGAGCUAUUUUAUUAAUUAAAAAAAAAUUCCUAGAGCUUUAACUUAAAUUUCAAAUCUUGAAUUAAAAGACAGGACAAUGGAAAUUUUGUUUUGUAUAAUUACCUGGGGAGUUUUUAAGUUUUUUUACAGUUCUAUGGUUCAACUACAUACAUCAGUUAGACAUUCCCUACGGUACCAGAACAUAGCUUGGUACAUAAAUCUUUGACAGAAAUACUCUAUUUACUACACAUAUUGUAUACAAUUAUCACAUAAACCCCCUCUAAAACAGUAUAUAUUCCUUUUCCAGAAUCCUUCUCACACCACAGUGAGUGCACAGUAUAAAAGAUGGGCAUACAAAUCUUUUUUUUUUUUUUCAGUAGAGGACUUAACAAGCAAAGAAAUCACUUGGAACUUGAGAGCUUCAUGCAAUCUCAGGCCUCCUUCAUUCAUAAACCAUGUGUGUUGUAACACAGGCAAAACCCCAGUUUUUGGUUCAUUACACCCCUCAAAUACCUUGGGCCAUGCCCCCAUACAUCCUUUUCCAUACCCUAAAGGUGAAUUCAAGCACAGCAUAUUUCAGUCUUGAAUAGUUCUCUUGCCUUGGUAUGGUCUUAGUAAGAACACACUCUCUCUCAUUAAGGAACAGCGUGUGGCCAUUUGUAGUCAACUCUUCAUCUUAGGUGUAUAAGCAAUAGUCACGUAAAUGAGUGUUUCCAUUCAUGUGUUUUGUUUUGUGAUUAAAUCAACAAAUCAAACAUUGUACUUUUUUAAAUAGCAACAAAUAUUCAGAUUCAGUGUCAAGGAAAUGUGGACUUAAUAUGUGUGGGGUUUGUUAACGAGUCAUUACCUGUCUCUCAGAACGAAGGCUAAUCUGGGGUGAACCACACACUCCUGUGCUAACUAUGUCCUGUUUCCACAGGUAUCCUAAAUCAGUGUCACAAAACUAAGGCAUCUUUAACUGAGGCUGUUUCGAAUCCCCAGUAACAAAAAAAAAAAAAAAAAAAAAAAAAAAAAAAGGAGGGAAAGAAAAUAAAGGAAAGAAUUGAUACUA